AUGGCAGACGAAGGACCCAUUACUCUCUCGGCUCACUUCAAAGACCAGCCAGUCGAGAACCAUGCAGAGAGAUGGAACGCUCUGUAUGAGCCUGGGCUGAAUUAUACACCCUGGGAUCGAGGCGGCCCCAGUCUGGCUUUGGUUGAUGUCCUGGAGGCGCGGCCCGACCUCUUUGGCGCGCCUGACUCGACGACACCACCUCGCAAAGCUCUCGUCCCGGGCUGUGGGCGGGGCCACGAUGUCCUGCUUCUUGCUUCCCUUGGCUACGAUGCCUUUGGUCUAGAGGUCUCACCGGCGGCUCUCCAGGAGGCACGAAAGAAUGCCGACACCGCUGCGGCCAACCGCGACGCAGCGGGUUCUGAAGCAGGAGCCUCUCCUCCAGGGAAACACCACUGGGUUUCAGGCAAUUUUUUUGAGGAUGGCUGGGUGCAGGACGCGGGCGUGGAGAAGUUUGACCUCAUUUUCGAUUACACGUUCUUCUCAGCCCUCCCACCAUCCGUGCGACCCCGCUGGGCAAAACGCAUGGCUGAGCUGCUGGCGCCCGGCGGUCGCCUGGUCUGCCUCGAAUUCCCCCGAACAAAGCCGUCCUCCGAGGCCGGUCCGCCCUGGGCGACGCCGUCCCACGCCUACGUGGCCUAUCUCGGACGACCUGGAGAGGAGCCGGCCACGGAUGAGCACGGUGGUGUGUUGGAGGACCAGGUCGUGGAGCAGCCCGAAAAGGGCGGCCUGCGGCGGAUUCUGUACCAAGCACCACCCAGGACUCAUCCCGCUGGUGUCAAGGAAGGGCAAACCAUUGAUCGUGUUUCUGUUUGGGAGCACUGCUAA